UUUUUGUAUUAAAAUAAAAAUGGAACACAAUAUUCAUAAUAAUGCAUUACAUUGGGGAUACAAUCCAGCAUCUUCUACGCAUAAUCACUGGGUACCACCACCCCAAACAAGAUCCGUUAAAAGGGCUUUAUCCGAGAGUGACUGCGAUGAGCUUUACUCGGAAGAAUCUUCAAAGGAACAGGUAUCCCCUGGUGAGCCUGGUAGUUGUCAGUUGAUAAGUCGUAAAAAGCGACGGGGUGUCAUCGAGAAGAAACGCCGAGACAGAAUAAAUUCAUCGCUUUCCGAAUUAAAACGCCUUGUACCAUCCGCAUAUGAAAAACAGGGGUCGGCUAAAUUAGAAAAGGCAGAGAUUCUCCAACUGACGGUGGAGCAUUUGAAAAGUGUGCAAUCGAAAGGAGUCGAUUCAAUGGGUUAUGAUCCCCAAAGACUGGCAAUGGAUUAUCAUAUCAUUGGAUUUAGAGAGUGUGCAGCUGAGGUAGCACGAUAUUUGGUCACUAUUGAAGGCAUGGACAUUCAGGAUCCCUUAAGAUUGCGUCUAAUGUCACAUUUGCAGUAUUUUGUUCAACAACGUGAAAUAUCAGCAAAAAGCUGCACCAGUCCGAAUUGGUCUUCAUCGGCAUAUCAGCCGAAUUGCACAACAACUUCAUACCAAACUGGCUAUCCGAUUCAAACUGCAGCAACAAGCUCUUAUGUGCCAAAUCUGUCGGCAUCAGUUCAGCUGCCAUAUCCGACUUUGAACUCGUCACCAGUUGCGUCUUCAAUGCAUCAACCACCACCAGUGUCACAUAGCAAUCGAUCUGUACCACCGCCGAGUAAUAGCGAUGGUAGCUCAUUGAUGCCCCACUCCAGUCAGCAACAACCCCACAUUCAACCUCAACCAAUUACCAGACAUGAGACUCAACAGCAUCAAACUCAUUACCCACCGGAACAAACUCAUGAGCAUCAAGGUUCAACUUAUAUUGAACUGACCAGUAGCAGUCAUAGAAAUUCAGCUGGUCCUAAUACUCAUCCUUAUGGUAAUCCAUCUGAAUACCCAGUUAGUAGUGCUCAGGAGACCACUAUACCACAAUAUGGAUAUGCAGGCUCGAAUGGAUCUAAACCAUAUCGACCAUGGGGUGCAGAAAUGGCUUAUUAGUCAUUUUUUUUUUAUCCUGAAUAAAACAAAGAAUAUAAAACAUAAGUUUCCUUAUUUACCCAUCUAAGUCAUUCGAUUAUAGAAAUUACAAAGAAAAGAGUGUGUGAUAACAAUUUUUAUAUCUCGAAAAUAGUUUAGAUUAUAUACAUAAGUUUAUUUAUUAUUUUAUUUAUUUGUACUAUUUUAUAAUAUACUAUAUCGAGGGGAUAAAGCUUUAAAAAAUAUAUCU